AUGCUGAUCAAUGCUGAACCAGCGAUUGUCGAUCUAGCGCAAAAACGCCGAAUGCUAGCAACUAAAGAGCGUAUCGGUGGCGCACUAGGAUCAACACUUGGUCUGAAGUGUCUGUCACAGCUGUCGACGUGGGCGUAUUGCGCUUCGGAUGCCGCUGAUCAGACUGGCUGCUGUAAGAAGAGAGGUGGGUUUCAACUGUUACUACUAUUAGGUUCUGACUGUGUCCAUAUGCAAGCCAUCAUGCAAUGUCAAAAGGAAGGUCUGGGCGCAAAACCGAGAUAUGACCCCGAUUGGUCAUCCACCUGCGAAUGGGAAGGGAAAUAG